CUCCAGGUUCUGCAAUCCCCUCUCCUCCCCUCCCCACCAAGCCCCAUUAGAGCACAGUAGGGACCCUCCCUAAUUUCGACCCCACCCUAGGUUCCCGGGACCUGUUUUGCCUCGACCCACUCCCCCAGCUUAGAAUCCAGCCAACCCGGGGGACCCAGGCGCCUGAGCCAGAGGGUAACCCAGGCGACCCGGCUCCUUCGCCCUUCUCGGCCCCACCCCCUGCAGCCGGAGCCGCGCCCCCUCUCCCACACACUCGACAGCAGAGGACAGAAGAGAUUGGGCAAAGAGGGGUGGGCUCCAGGCGACCCCCUACCUAGUUCUGCCUCUCCAUCCCAAAGGGCAGAAAAAUUGUCUCCCUUACUAACCGCUAGUAGGGGGUAAAAAUUAACAAGAAAGAUAAAAGGAGACGGAGGAAAGGUGGCAGCUAGAUUAUUUAGGAGAGUCGCAGAGGAGAGAAAUUGGUGUGAGUCGCCAUGGGGACUCCCAGGGCCCAGCAUCCGCCGCCUCCCCAGCUGCUGUUCCUGUUUCUGCUGAGCUGUCCCUGGAUUCAGGGUCUGCCCCUGAAGGAGGAGGAGGCAUUGCCGGAGCCUGGAAGUGAGACCCCCACAGUAGCCUCUGAGGCCUUGGCAGAGCUGCUUCAUGGGGCCCUGCUGAGGAAGGGCCCAGAGAUGGGCUACCUGCCGGGAUCUGAUCCAGACCCCACACUAGCAACCCCUCCAGUCGGCCAGACUCUUGCAGCACCCUUUCUGCCUCGGGCCACUGAGCCGGGCACAGGGCCUCUGACAACCGCCGUAACCCCUAAAGGGGGUAGGGGGGCAGGCCCCACCGCGCCAGAACUGCUGACCCCGCCCCCAGGAACUACAGCCCCGCCCCUUCCCGGUCCCGCCUCCCCAGGCCCACCCCUGGGGCCCGAGGGAGGAGAAGAGGAGACCACGACCACCAUUAUCACCACGACAACUGUCACCACAACAGUGACCAGCCCAGUUCUGUGUAAUAACAACAUCUCCGAAGGCGAAGGGCAUGUGGAAUCCCCAGAUUUAGGGAGCGCAGCCAGCCGCACCUUGGGGCUCCUGGACUGCACAUACAGUAUCCAUGUCUACCCUGGCUACGGCAUUGAGAUCCAGGUACAGAUGCUGAACCUGUCUCGGGAGGAGGAACUUCUGGUGCUGGCUGGUGGGGGAUCUCCAGGUCUGGCCCCCCGACUCCUGGCUAACUCCUCCAUGCUGGGUGAAGGACAGGUCCUUCGGAGUCCCACCAACCGGCUGCUCCUGCACUUCCAGAGCCCACGGGUCCCCAGGGGUGCUGGCUUCAGGAUCCACUAUCAGGCCUACCUCUUGAGCUGCGGCUUCCCUCCCCGGCCAGCCCACGGGGACGUGAGUGUGACAGACCUUCACCCUGGAGGCACUGCCACCUUCCACUGUGAUUCGGGCUACCAGCUGCAGGGAGAGGAGACCCUCAUCUGCCUCAAUGGCACCCGGCCAGCCUGGAGCAGUGAGCCCCCCAGCUGUGUGGCAUCCUGUGGGGGCACCAUCCACAAUGCUACUCUUGGCCGCAUCGUGUCCCCUGAGCCUGGGGGAGCUGCAGGGCCCAACCUCACCUGCCGCUGGGUCAUUGAAGCAGCUGAGGGACGCCGGCUGCACCUGCACUUCGAGAGAGUCUCGCUGGAUGAGGACAAUGACCGGUUGAUGGUACGCUCAGGGGGCAGUCCCCUCUCACCAGUGAUCUAUGAUUCGGACAUGGAUGAUGUCCCGGAGCGGGGUCUCAUCAGUGAUGCCCAGUCCCUCUAUGUGGAGCUGCUUUCAGAGACACCUGCCAAUCCCCUGCUGCUAAGCCUCCGAUUUGAAGCGUUUGAGGAAGAUCGCUGCUUUGCCCCCUUCCUGGCACAUGGCAACGUCACCACCACGGACCCUGAGUACCGCCCAGGGGCACUAGCCACCUUCUCGUGCCUCCCAGGAUAUGCCCUGGAACCCCCUGGCCCCCCCAAUGUCAUCGAAUGUGUGGAUCCUACAGAACCCCACUGGAAUGACACGGAGCCAGCCUGCAAGGCCAUGUGUGGAGGGGAGCUGUCAGAGCCAGCUGGUGUGGUCCUCUCUCCGGAUUGGCCCCAAAGCUAUAGCCCUGGCCAAGACUGUGUGUGGGGUCUGCAUGUCCAGGAAGAAAAACGCAUCUUGCUCCAAGUUGAGAUCUUGAAUGUGCGCGAAGGGGAUAUGCUGACGCUGUUCGAUGGGGACGGUCCCAGUGCCCGAGUCCUGGCCCAGCUGCGAGGGCCUCAACCGCGCCGCCGCCUCCUCUCCUCUGGGUCCGACCUCACGCUGCAGUUCCAGGCACCGCCCGGACCCCCCAACCCGGGCCUGGGCCAGGGUUUCGUGUUGCACUUCAAAGAAGUCCCGAGGAACGACACGUGCCCCGAGCUGCCGCCUCCGGAGUGGGGCUGGAGGACGGCCUCCCACGGGGACCUGAUCCGGGGCACAGUGCUUACUUAUCAAUGCGAGCCUGGUUAUGAGCUGCUCGGCUCCGACAUUCUCACCUGCCAAUGGGACCUGUCCUGGAGCGCAGCGCCGCCCGCCUGCCAAAAGACAGUCAUGACUUGUGCUGACCCGGGUGAGAUCACCAAUGGGCACCGCACCACCUCGGAUGCUGGCUUCCCGGUUGGCUCCCAUGUCCAAUUCCGCUGUCUGCCUGGGUACAGCCUGGAGGGGGCGGCCGUGCUCACCUGCUACAGCCGGGACACAGGCACGCCCAAGUGGAGCGACCGGGUCCCCAAGUGCGCCUUGAAGUACGAGCCGUGCCUGAACCCUGGGGUGCCCGAGAACGGCUACCAGACACUGUACAAGCACCACUACCAGGCGGGCGAGUCUCUGCGCUUCUUCUGCUACGAGGGCUUUGAGCUCAUCGGCGAGGUCACCAUCACCUGUGUGCCCGGCCACCCCUCCCAGUGGACCAGCCAGCCUCCACUCUGCAAAGUGGCCUUUGAGGAGCUCCUGGACAACCGCAAACUGGAAGUGACCCAGACCACUGACCCAUCACGGCAGCUGGAGGGUGGAAACCUCGCCUUGGCCAUUCUGCUGCCCCUGGGUUUGGUCAUCAUCCUCGGCAGUGGCGUUUACAUAUACUACACCAAGCUACAGGGAAAAUCCCUCUUCGGCUUCUCGGGCUCCCAUUCCUACAGCCCCAUCACGGUGGAGUCAGACUUCAGCAAUCCUCUGUAUGAAGCUGGGGAUACACGGGAGUAUGAAGUAUCCAUCUGAAGACCGAGACAAAGGCUGCAGGAUCCAGGACGCCCUUCCUCUCCUCAUUCUGGGCAGGAAGGCGCACAGGACCUGGUCUCUGGCUUCCUUCCUCCCUGCUGUGUAAAUAGUCUCCUGGUCCCACAAGGGGGCUUUGAUGGCCCUGGGGACCCUACAGUAAAUAAACCAGCAUCCUGUGCCCAAAGCCUCCUCUUCUCAGUUGCCAAACAAGGGGCCUGCCCCCUUGACUCGACCUGCUUUUGGACCCUGGGAGGGGAACUCAGUCCCGGUUGCAGCUCCUGGGGCGCCUCCAGCCCAGAGCACCCCACAGGGACUAUACCCAAGAGCUUUGCUGUUCCCCUUGGCCAGGAAGGCUCUGUCCUUCCCAGUUGCUCUGGCCCCGGCCUAACCUCUAACCCUUGGAGGGUCAGAGGAAGAGGGAUGAAGCGGAGAGCUGGGACAAGACCCCUACCCCUUUCCUGCCAUGCCUCCCCCCCAUAGU